CUGUCACAGUACGGUGGUUGCGUGCGUGCGUGCGUACGUACGUGCGUGCGGUGCGGUGUAGUGCGGUUCGUCGCGUCGCGUCCAAACUUGUCUCGACAAGUUUAGAGAAGCGAAAGAGAGAGAGAGAGAGAAAGCGAGCGAGCGCGCGUCCCGUUUGGCCGGUGGCUGCUCGCUUUCGGGUUUCAGCUCUCAGCAUGUCGCCCGAACACCCCGGUCCGGACGCGUACAAGUAACGGCGGCAGCGGCGGCUCGUACGGCGGGGUGUCGGUCGUGGUGCGAGGAGGGCCACACGACGGCGGCCUAUCGAAAUGGUGUAGUGUGCGCAAGCGAGGCGGACCCCUGUGAGUGUGAAAGAAAGAGUGUGUUUUCGUUAUCGCCGCCAUCGCCGUCGUCGUCGUCGUCGCCGCCGACGUCGCCGUCACCGUCGUCGGGAGUAAAGUGCACCUGAUCGCGCAGCAGCAGGUACAUCUCCCGUCCACUCGUCGUCGCUCUGUCGUCCUCGUCCCGACAAGUGUGCCGUCGUCGUCGUCGGCGGACGUCGAGACGCCCGACGUCGUCGUCGGGAGCCCAUCGUCUCUGGAUUACUCGUCACGACGCGACGUCUCCUGGCCGCCAGUUACGAUGAAUCCGCGUAUACCCUCGGACAAGAUAAAUCUACGCCUCAUCCUCGUCAGUGGUAAGACAAAAGAGUUCCUAUUCAGUCCGAGUGAUUCCGCGGGAGAUAUAGCGCACCAUGUGUUUGAAAAUUGGCCGGAAGACUGGGCAGAGGAGGCGGUGGCCAAGGCGGAGAUCCUGCGGCUAAUCUACCAGGGUCGUUUCCUACACAGCAAUGUUACGCUCGGUGCUCUCGGGCUUCCCUUUGGAAAAACCACAGUGAUGCAUCUGGUGCCGCGGGAGAAUCUUCCGGAGCCUAAUUCUCAAGAUCAAAGGCAAAAAAGUAAAGGUGGCGGGAGCAGUUGCUGCUCGGCUUCCUGCUGCAUACUUUAAGAUCGCCGCCAGCGUGCGUCGCCGACGUGAAGAUUUCGUCGUGAUGGAUGGGCGUGCAGCAUGGGCGAGCGCGCCGUGUCGCGAGCUCACCCAGGCUGAGCCAUGGUUUCUAAGGUUUUGUGCUGAUGUAUAAUCGUUAGUGGCUGAGCUCAUGAGCAGUGUAGCAGCAGGCCGGAUUACAUCGAGAAUCGCGAGAGUCAGUCGCGCUCUCCUCAUCCUCGUAGGUUCGACGACACUUCGGCGGCCCCCUGCGAAACGACGACGACAACAACGUCGCUUGUACUCCGUCAUCGUCGCCGGAGAAGACGUACGUUGCAUCGUCAUAGCGUCGGUCGGGAACUCGCCGAGUUUAGCCCGGUCAGCCCGGUAACAACGCGUGCAUGAUCGGUGACACACAGCCGCUGAGGAAAAUCGAAACAAAAAGAACGCGGGGUGUUUCUCUGUCGCGAUCGAAACGACAGUUAAACUCGUCGCCGAGCGAACCGGCCGACUUGCGCCGAUAGCGACGAUUAACUAACUUUCGACUGACGUUGUUGAUUUGAUGUGACUCCUGUCGCGACGUACAGGCGUGUACAGGCGGGAAAGAUUUGAUUAGUCGUUGAUUCAAGUCGGUUAUUUCAAUCGGAUUUCGAUUAGCAACUGUCCCCAUUUUGAUUCGUGGCUGUAAUGUUAUUUGUAUUAACAUGGCGGGGGGAGGGGGGGGUGAAUGUACGAUCGUUCACGCGAGUAUAAUCUUGAUCGUCUUAACAAAUUCUCCGAUUUAUUAAAGAAUACGAGUUAAUAAAUCAACGUCGCAAAUUAAUUCAUUUUGUAUAGCGCGGUUUUUUACAUGCGUUACAAUAUCGAUUAUAGUGGAAAAGUGGAACAAUCGUAACUUUAUUUGAACUUCUUUGUCCCUUCUUAAUUCGUAGCUGUAAUGUCGCGAUAAGAAAAAAAGGAAGAUAAUUUGAUCAAGUAAUAUUGAAUUUCGUGGUUGGCGCGUUUCUUUAUGGAUAAAGAGCGCGACUCUAAUGACAAAGGAGCGAGAAAGGAACGAAUCUAAUUGAUCGCAGUUACUCUCAGUUAACUAGGUUUCAAUCACGAGCGUUCGCUCGCCCGUCCCGAGAAAGAGAAUAAAUAAUCAAAUGAAAGCGCACCUGACGAUAUUUGAUCCGCGUUAUCUUAACUUGAUUCUCCGUCUGAAAGUGACCGAUAAUUUUUACGUAAGACGUCAAAAUUGAUUUUAACCUGAGUUGGCCGGCGCUACUCGGUACAAACGGUCCGAAAGAGGCGAGACAGAAAGGCGAACAAUUACGGCUUAGUAACUGUCGUGCUUCCGCAGAUUUUCGUGAUCUCGUUUUCGUUGUUCUCGCUCGGUAUAACGAUGCCGGGCGGUGACGAAUGGAAUUUCAGCGGGAAUGUCGGAUACAGCAGGACUGCCAGGUUCUAAGUGGAGACGCACCCUGGAACGGCGCUACAAUGCUUAGAAACUCAACCACUAUCCCCGAUACUGCAGCGUUAUAAUAAUUAUUGUAGUUGGGAUCGCGUGUGCGUGCUUGCGUAAGUGCGAAUGUGUUGUGUUAGUUGAGAAAAAGGGGGGGAGAGAGCGAGAGAGAGAGAGAGAGAGAGAGUGCGCGCGAGUGUCCGAAUGGAGCGAAAGAAUGGAAGAGAGAAUAAAAUUUAUGUUUGUGAUAUAUAUGCAGGUAUCGAAUAUAUACGUACAUACAUGCAUACGUGUAUAUUUACAUUAUAUGUAUAUAUGAUGUAUGCGUGUAUGUACAGAGUGUUCAUGGGUGGCCAAUACUCUCUGCUGACGAUACGUACGUGUUAAAUAGUCGGAAGAAAUCGUGCAUGAGAACGCGUAGCGGAGAAAGUUCUUUCGAAGAAGAUGAGUCUUUACCGGACGACAAGUUUUAUUCGAUGUGUGAGAAAUAAUUAUAAGUUAACGCGCCGAUACAACGUCGCUCGCGAAAUCCGCUAGAUACGUUCUUCUGCUCGCGUAACGCUUAUCGUUGAGCGGAAACGCGGCUGGCCAGAAACACUCUGCAUUAUACAGGAUGUUGAAGGAAGAGCAUGCGAUUCCUCGAGAGCAUUUGUUUUUCGGAAAAUUUGUCAGUCGAAUUUUCGGAAAUCUCGUCUCGUCGCGGUGUGUCGUCUUCAAUUUCAACAUUACACGUCCCCCAACUCUUUCGGUAUGAAGAACAAUUUAAUGAAAUGGAAUGUAAACUUGUAAAAUCAACUGCAUAUAUUAUGCUAGAAAAAUAUAUAUUUUAUUUCUAGAUUUAAAGACCAUCGACGUUAGGUGUGUUGCGAAAAAUUUGUGGAAAAUAAAUGGAGAAUCCUCGAUCGAUGCCGCGCUUGACGAUUUCGGCUCGAGCGAGAGUCCAUUUGAAGUAAAACGAGCACUGUAUUCUCUCAUGUUUUUACAAUCUCCUCUUUCGACAACCUGUACGCGCUAUUAUCGAAGUUGUGCGUGCACUUGGAACGUGCAUUCUGUUGCGUUUCAAUGUGCAAGCGCGACAGCAUGAGACACGUUGACACAGCAGUUAAGCUCUCAUAUGAUAGACUUUAUUAUCAUGAAUUUGAAAAAGUAAUAUUAUAUGACGUCACUUUGAGAGUUUAGUAUUCUGGAUAUAAGAUUACUCGGAAGAGAGAGAGAGAGAGAGAGAGAGAGAGAGAGAGAGAGAGGAAUGAGAGAGUGAGUGAGUGAGUGAGUGAGAAUGAAAAAGAGAGAGGGCGGACGAGAGAGAGAGAGAGAGAGAGAGAGAGAAUAUGGGAUCUCUAAUGGUAGUUAUGAUUAAAUAAAAACUCAAAUAUAUUUCCUGUUAAUCUCCCUUCUUUUCCCUCUAUCGAGUCUCUGUCGAGCCCCUUAUUCUCCUUCUAUUGUUCCACCCCUUUUGUCCUCCCCCUUAUCCCUUCGUGUACCCGUCCAUACGAAUCUGUCGGGCCUAGAACAUCGCUCUCGUUAGACCCAAUAAUUCUACGCUAUGGAUUACAUGCCCAUUCGAGUAUCGAUCGAUCGUAGUUAGGUCCAAUCAAACCGUUACGAAUGCGUUGUAGGUGAUUCUCUACACAUACAUACACACACAUAUACACGCAUAUAUUCACACACACACACACACACGUACGCAUGUAUGCGUACUCUCUCUCUCUACACAUACAAACCCACACACACACACACACACACACACAAUAUCGAACAUACACACCUUAUAUUACCGUAAUCGUACUGUAACUCUUAUAAAAUGCAUAACCCUGUGUAUAUAUAUAAUGCAAUGUUCUUACGUAGUUAAAUUCGCGAGACGAAAGAGAGAACGAGAGCGAGAGGGAGAGAGAGAAAGAAUGUAUGAACGAGAGGGAGAGAAAGAGAAAAAGCAUGAACGAGAGAGAAAGAGAGAUAUGUGAAAAAGCCGGAAAUUUGUUCGGUCGAAAGGAAGCUAUAUUUAAUUUAUUUCCUAUGUACACGUACUUGCGAGAAGCGACCAUGUUUGUAUAUUUCAAAAUCGUUAUUAUAGUACCUGCCUGACUCAUAAACCUGUGCCAUAACGGAAUGGUUUUACCCUCCAUCCCCGCCCCUUCCCCCCUAGUUUUCCUCUCCUCUCAAAUACACCACUCUUCCUGUUCUCAAGAAAUUUUUCUUCCUCUAAUCUUUCCUCCUCGCUGUGAGGACGCUUUUAAUAUGCAAAGUACUAUCACUCGUAUCUUUCGCGUAUCAAAGUAUCAAAAUGUGCGAAACGAUGUUUGGCGAUUAAAAUGAUACGCGCAUCGGUUACGUUGGCGUGUGCAUAAUGAGACGAACAAAAGGAAAGGCAAAGAAAAAAUGCUCUGUCGACCGGAACAUAUCAAUACCGCGGGCACGAAUUGCGACGGCAGUAGAGAUGGCUGUUAAUUCCGACUGUUUCUCUUCCUAGCCAAAAGUCCCGAUGCGUAUAGUUGGAGAAGCAAAAUUUAGCCGACCGAGAUUAACGUUGAUCGAUGUCGUCGCAGUCGAGCCUAAAUAUUAGCUCGACGUCAUUGAUUCCUGAUAUAGAGUCAAUCUAAGUGAUUAAAUCGGCUACUGCAGAAAGGGCAUGAGUCAAUCUAUCGUACGAGCGCAAAAAUUCAUUACGUUCACUCGACAAAGCAUACUUGGAAAGGACUUUCUUUUAUUUUUCUUCGGAUAUAAAUGCCGUGACGAAUUGAAAAAUAUAAGAGAUAGAGAGAGAGAUACAUUUGAAAAAAUUAUCGUUUGUCCCGUAAUUUCUACGAAAUGGAAGGAUUUUAUUAGUUUCAAACGCACGUCGUCAAGAGUUGGCUUAUUUACUUUUGCAAGUAAUUCUUUUCCCUUUUCACGACAUAUCCCCCCCUUUCUGCAGUGAUUAAUAUUUUCCGACGCAGAUUGGACUCUAUACGCGAGUUACGGGGUCUGGAAAACUGUCAGCGCGAAUCGCUUUUGCCUCUUCGGAUAUCCUACGAUCGCGAAAAUUUCGUUAGAAGCAGUGACGGCCAAAUGAGAAACUAGGUCAUGUUAUCCUCUUUAAAUUUCGCUAGCUAGCCACGCGCCUUGAAAAUGUGGUCAAGGCUCUCUACCAAAAUGUAUAGAGACGAUUCAAACUCCAAUUGCAUCAAUUUAAGAUGAAACCUUUGUAUAAUUAAAAGAGGAGGAGAAAUUUAAAUAAUUAAAUGUAAAUUGAUACGUACGCAUAUAGAAAAUUUUACGAAACGACUAAUUCUUCUCGGUCGUGACGCGUAACUGUCAAACGGCCAACGAGACUUCAAGAAUCCCAUCAGGGAUUCUUCGGCAAUUCUGGUUUGGCUGUCGCUAUCGCACUUUGCCGGCGAUUUUAUUCGGUCUCGAUCGCGAACGAGGUGAAAUAAAGAUUUCAAAGUACGCGCGUCCGAUGCAGGACAAUGUUACUCUCUAUUUACCCCAUCUAUCGAAACAUCUAUGAUCCUAUAUAUACAUGAAAGUUUAACGACAAACACAUUGUAUAUACUGUGGGUUUAUGGGAACGGCUCGCACGAUGCACUCAUCACGAUUUACUCAUUAUUUACUAUGUUCGCCCCGUGGUGUCAUCGGUUGUCUAGGAAGUAUCCGUAAUAUAAUAGAGCGUUACCUUGAUAAGGACAUUAUUGUCGUCAUUAAUCCCUCCCCCCUCCCUCUCCUUUUCCCCCCUCACUACCCCUACGAUUCGUAUUUUUUAUUGUAAGAUCGUAAGAUGUAGAUUAUCUAUAAAUGCUGUUUACAUAGAGAAAAACAAAUUGUUUAGUUCAUAAAAUUUUAAGAUUUUUGCGAUCAAGCGAGCGCGCGAGAGAGAAAAAGAGAAAGAGAGAGAGUGCGUAAGAGAAUGCGUGUGCGUAUGAAAGAGAAAGAAAGAGAAAGAGAACAAAAGCUAUAUCGCACCCGGUAUGUUGUGGAGGGAUGCGCGAAGAGUGCAGGAGACUAUUAGUCCUAUCGUGAAUGUAUUAUUAAAAAGCUGUAAUGAAAAGUUAAAAGUAUUCUUAAAGAUCAGUUGCAUUGUAUUCAUUUACGUGCAAUUAAAUCGCGUCCGAGGAUAAAUAGGUAAUAUCAUUUAAUGUCAAAUUCAUUCUUCAUGAAAAGAAGAAAAAAAGAUAGAAUGAAGAGCGAGGGAUGAGGGAGAAGAAAGUUCACAUACCCUCGACUUUUCAUAGCAUUUACCACCGUAGAACAGUGAAAAUAAUUUGAAAAUCAGAAAAUCAUUGUUGUCAGAAAACUCGACGAUUGACGCAGUUAAUUUCCUCGGAUAAUCGAGAAAGGAAGUAUUUUUCCGAAUAAAAAAUACGAAGCAUAGUCGAGUACACUUAUACGAAUACAGCAGCGGGAAAGUUGUGCACUUUUAUCUUGGCGAACUUCAGAACACAUUCUAUAACCAAUAGGAAAAUUUAUCUGACAAGUCAUUAAAAAACUGAGGAUUCUCCUAUUGAACAUAGAUGCGUUGCGAAACUGAUUGAAAAAAAAGUGUUAUUACUUUUCUAGCACUAAUCGUUUACAUACCGUUAGUAUUGUUAUCGACCAUCGAUACGUUCUGCGUAAUGAGACAUCUUCAAAUAUGAUUUUAGAGGUAAUCGAUUGUUACGUGACAUCCCCUUCAAAACUGACGAAUGUUCACGCGCCGGGAUAACGAAGGAAAUGUAUAAAGCUAUGUAGUAUUAUAUAUAUAAAGACAAAAAAAGAUAUUACAUAUAUA